AUGGACUCAGCCACGACGAUUGACGUCUCGACGUACGACAACCAACUCCAAUGCCCGCUCUUCGGGACCUUACCGGGCGAGAUCCGCAACGAGAUCUUUGCGCUGGCGCUGGUGCAGUUCUCGGAGGAGGAGGAAGGGUCGGCGUACCCAAAGGACUCGUACUGGUAUCGGCCUGGGUUCACGGGGCCUAGAAAGAGUAGUAGUAGUCUGCUGAGGGCGUACCGCGGCCCAGCAGGAAGAACAAUCAACUACGCCUGCGAGAAAUUCUUCUCCUCUCUGACGGAGCAACAGGCGCGCGACCUGACAAAGGUGCGCUUCUUUACGCAAAUGUACUGGCUCGAGGACGGGCGGAACCUGGCGACGCUCUUUGCGCAGCCGAAAUUCCGGCCCGAGGUGUUGACGAUCACGGUGCGGUAUUCGGAUUGGUGGUACUGGGAGAGCGACGAGCCUUUGAGGAUGAAGGAGGAUUGGUUGCGGGGGUUCCGGGGACCGAGGGGGUUGAGGGAGUUGAGGGUCGAGUAUGAGACGCUUGUGGGGAAGAGGGAGGAGAUGAUGGGGAUUGUGGGGAGGAAUAAGGGGUGGAAGUUGGUUGUUGGGGGUGGUGUUGGUAGAGACGAUAGGAGGGAAGUGGAGAGGAAAGAUGGAGAAGAUGAGAAGGAGGAGGACGAGGAGGAGGAGGAAGAAGAAGAAGAAGGGUAUUUGAGUGCCGAGGGGACGGAGUUGGUGGAGUGGACUUGGACGGGGGCUAGUAAGCUCGGCGGGCAGACGUGGGCUCAUCACGGGGAGGGAGAGACGGUUGAGUAUGUUGUUGUCAUGGAUACGUGGAGGUUUGUCGAGGGGAGGGUGAGGGAGGAGGAUCGGGCGAAGAGGGUGGAGAGCCAGCCGUUAUAUUCUGGGUAUGUUCAUCCGGAUGAUAUGUGGUGGAGUGAGGAUGAGGAUGAAGAUGAAGAGGGUGAUGAUGAUGAUGAUGAUGAUGAAGAUUUUGUGGAUAAUGAUGAGGAAGAGGAGGAGUAA